CUAGCCUCAGACGUUCUGCUAGGUGAUGGCUUGGUCCUGCUCAGUGCCAGUCUAUAUGCUGUGUCUAACUUGUGUCAGGAGUACACCGUCAAACACCUCAGCAGUGUAGAGUUCCUAGGCAUGGUCGGCCUGUUCGGCACACUCAUCAGUGGCAUACAGCUGGGCGUUCUGGAGCAUAACAAUGUGGCAAACAUCCAAUGGGACUGGAGAAUUGGCCUGCUGUUUGCUGGCUAUGCCCUGUGUAUGUACACCCUGUACAGCUGUAUGCCCAUAGUGGUCAGGAAGACCAGUGCUACAGCAGUCAACCUCUCCCUGCUCACUGAAGACCUCAUCAGCCUCUUCUGUGGCCUGUUUCUCUUUCAAUACACAUUCUCAGGUCUGUAUAUUGUGUCUCUGGUGAUCAUCCUGGUGGGCUUUGUCUCCUUCAACGCUGUGGCAACGACCCCUAACCCUGCAGACCCUAUCACCCCCUCUGUGGGCUGGAAGGAGGGUGACUAUGACAACCCUGAUGACAUCAUCAAUGAAGAAGUAGUGGUGGAGGUCUUGGAGGAGCAGGAAGAGGAAGAGGGUGAAUGCUCAGAGGUAUCGUGAAAUCAGAGAACACAGUAUGAGGAAGUACCGGCGAUGUGAUCUGAUCUACUAGACGAGCACUUCCCAAGAGUCUAUAGCUGUUCAUCUCCUUGUCUCCUUUCUUUCAUUCUUACCAUUCUAAUAGAUCUACAGAUUCACCGGUGUACAGUUGAAGUCGGAAGUUUACAUUACAC